AUGAAGUUCUUUUCUUCCCUUUUGGCAUUCUCCCUUGUGGGCCUAGUCUCUGCCCAAGCUCUUUCUGAAGAAGAGCAAUUAGCUAAAGUCGCUGCUGCUGAUAUUUUACAUCCAGAUGAACGUGAAGGACAUUACGUUGAUCCAAAUGAACAAACUCCAUUUUUAUUCGAUAUUGAUUAUAAUAUCGUUAAUAAACCAAAUGCUGCUGUUUUAGAAUUCUAUAACGGUGAAGAAAUCGUUUUGAAUUAUACUUUCACUAAUCAUGAAGAUUCAGAAGUUACUCUUGUUGGUCUUGGUGGUCAAUUUACUAAUCCUGCUAAUGGUCAAACUGUUGCAAAUAUUACUGAUGCUAAAUUAGGUCCUUUAAUUGUCCCAUCAGGUGAAUCUCAAGUUUUCACUCAAAGAUUAGGUAUUAAUUUACCAGAAACUAAUUAUUUAUUAGUUCCAGGUAUUUAUAUUGUCAAAGAUAAUUCUUUAGCUUUAUUAUCUGCUAGAUCUCAAUUAGCUAUUGUUACUGAAGCUUCAAUUUCAAUUUUCAAUCCUCAAUUAUUAUUCUUGGAAUUCUUAUUACUUGCUACUUUAAGUGUUGGUGCUUAUUAUGUCUAUAUUAACUAUGGUGCUAGUUAUUUCAACACUGCUUCUAAAACUGCUACUACUCCACAAGUUGCUGGUAAAUCAGGUGAAAGACCAAAAAUUGUUACAACUGAUAGUGGUAGAAAAGUUGUUGAUGAAUCUUGGUUACCAGAACAUCAUGUUAAAAAAGUUAACAAAAAAAACAAAAAAGCUAAUUAG